GUGGAAUAGUUCGAACAAGAGAACGAUAAAUGAUGUGAAGUUUGUAAUGUUUUGCAAGCAAAUACAACGUUGCAGAAUUAAACGACGUGUCCUAAGGAUAUUUUAAAAUGCAUUGAGAUUUGUUAGGAGAGCAUUGAACGCUGAUAAACUAAGAAUGGGAUGGAAGUUACUGCCCAUAUAACAGAGAUGGCCUUGUACGAAGUUGUCUCCCUUCAAUUUCUAAUUCAGAACGGGUGACCAAGGUGGUUAUAGUAUAGCAGAUCAUAGGCUGCAACAUCAAGGUUUUACAAAGAUGCCCCUGACGAAAUUCAACCCUUACCAUGGCCAGAACAUCCGCCUGUCCAAUGAUAGCAUGGUCGCCUACAGAGAGAACAGUUUUGCCCAUGCCAUCACCUUCAGCGAAAAGCCUCUGAACCCAGGGGAAAUAUUCUUGGUAGAGAUAGAGAAGAAUGAGAGGGGUUGGAGCGGACAUCUCAGAAUUGGCCUAACUCAGUUCAACCCCAAGGACAAAUUCCAGUUACCCCAGUAUGCGCUGCCCGAUUUGGUCAACAUGGGCAAGUCGUGGAUAUUUGCUGUGACAAAGUCUCAUAACCGUGUGUAUGCGGAGGACCUGGGGCUGGACGAGAAUGAACCUUAUCAGUCCAUCCUCGGGGAGACGGAUCUGAUACAGACACCCCAGGGUUCCUUUAGCCGCAGCCUUCUAGGGCCAGUUCGAGGUUCUGGCACAAGGGAGACAACUGAUAUAAGUCUUAGUGCUACCAGUGUGAGAAGGACUCAAGGCAAUAUCCUCCCGACCGACAUUGGCAGUAGAAUAGGUAUCUUGUAUUUAGUUGUCAAUGGGAAGGCAGAAAUGCACUUCCUGAUCAAUGGCGAGGACCAGGGACCAUGUGCUAGAAAUAUUCCUUAUAAGGAUGGACCUUUGUUUGCUGUUGUGGAUGUUUAUGGUACAACAAAACAGGUGCGAGUGAUACAGUUAUAUGGAGUUACCUCCCUUCAGAAUGCCUGCAGAGAACUUGUCCUCCGGCUGGUAAAGAAAGAGUCAGUGUCUAAUCUACCCCUGCCUAAAAAGCUAAAGGAAUACUUGUGUUGGGAGGCCUGACUUUGUGUGCACACAUGACAGUUUCUAUAAGGAAAUGCCACUGGUCAGUAAGGAUUGGGCAGUGGUCAGUGAUCUCACCCUGGGCUGGGUCGUGACAGUAUGAUGGCAUCAUUUAUGGUUACAGAGACUGUUAUGCUGCCAUGCCAGUCUGCAUGAAAGAAAGUGUGUACUGUCACAGGUGACUGUGAAAAUUUGAAGUGUGUUAUGUUACAAAAAGACAUGUUACACUGCACAUUGAUUAUAUUAAACUUUUAUCACAGAGAACAAUGUUAUUUUGAAUAAUGUUUAUCAUUGCUGGAUAUUAUGUGGAGCUGAAACGUACAUGCGGAGUCAGACUCUAGGCUAGCUGGGUCAACCCAUAAAAGUGCAAUUGUGCCAAGCUGUUACCUGAUGUAUUGGAUUCAUUGCUUGUGAAGCUAUUUUUAAGGAUGGUAUACCAAGACCAUUAAUGUUUGCACCUUUUGGAUGUGUACCUGGGCACCUGUACAUACUGUAUAUACACAAGGUUUACCUGUGCCAGGUGCACGUAUAUGUACUUUGUUGUGUUGUAGACUGAGUGCUGAGAAUUGUUUACAUUCCAGUGGGCAGAUACUACCCUACUGGUAAAACCUUGACAACAGUCAUAUAGUGAUUAUGAAGAGUAAAUUGGCUAUUUGUUGUUUAUUAUUAUCCUUUAAAGGAGCCAAGUUCUUAAAGCUGUUUCAAAACUGGGGCCACUUACUUGUAUGUAAAACACCUGAUCAUUGCAAUGUGUUUCUUCGGAAAUAUACAUAACGUGAGUUUGGAGCCAUUUCUGGAGGGAAAACUAAACAUGUUCCCAUAAAAGUUUGAUUAAAAUUGCCACUUGUUAAGCGAAAAUCAUGUGGAUUCCCAUUGAUUGCACAUGGUACUACAUAAACGUUUUCUUUCGCCGUAGUUCGUCAUGGCAUACAAAUCAUUUUUCAGUACCAUGGGCGGUGUCAAAGAGAAACCAUACUGCUUAAAGUAAAACAUCCUUGGUUACAUGCAAGCCCGUCUAUUUUCUUGUACAUCUGAGAUCCUGCAUGUCCUUGGCGCCAAAAGUUUGCAAGGCCUUAAAAAAUGAUAUAACUAUGAUUAUAGAACAGGUAGGUCUGGAGAUGAGGGGGACCAGAAAAGUUGCGAGGCCAAACUCUUUCAUCAAGUCUGUAUCAUGUGACCUGUUAGAAAUGUUAAGCAACUAGUUUGUAUUGCACUGACUAUAACAUAGGCCUCUGAAAAAAAUCACACAGUAAGUAAUUUAGAGUAGACGAAUGAGGGAGAAAAUCAUUUGUGUCUCUGGAGACAGUGAGCGCUAAAUUAUUAUCAACAAAAGUUAGUUAUUAUUUUAUGUGUAUUGUCACGUUACAUAGUAGGCUCCUGACAGAAAGUUUCAUAACUGUCACUAUUGAGUUUGCAGGCUCAGAUUCAUAUCCUGCUGGCUCAAUGCAGUUUCUGGCUCAACUCACUUUCUGGCUGCACUCUUUCUGGCUCAACGCAGUUUCUGGCUGCACUCAGUCUCUGGCUCAACGCAGUUUCUGGCUCAACAGAGUUUCUGGCUCCACUCAGUUUCCCCCAGGCUUGGCUCAAGACCGGGUGUAAUCUGACAGUUAACUUGAAUAGCUGUCACAUAAGAGAAAUAUUCUUCAUCAUUACGCACAAAGCAAAAAGAUAACUGUAGUAGUUCAAGCAGUCCAAAUGUCAAAAGAAAGUGAGCUAUUUGCAAAAUGACAUGAUGCUUUGUGAUACCUUCCUCAGAAUUUAUAUCUUGAAAGGCUAUGAAAGAGUUUCAGCUCAAUUCACCAAAGAGCAAAUCCAAGGGUACUUGUAUGCUGCCCAGUGAGAUAGGCCAUUAGAUAUUAAGCUUCAUUGCUGUCGACAUGAAGCAUUUACUCAGUGUAAACAAAAAUUAUUUUUGCAGCAAAUAGCUUUUGUUAUAUAAGGACUGACAUAACCUAGGCCUCCUGUUUUGUGUCUGGGGGCUGGAUAUGUGGCAUUACAUGUCAAUGUUACUGAAAUCAUUUGGCAUAUCAACUGUGGUGUUACUUACAUGUUUGGAAAUAUUUAUUUAUUAGUUUGCAUAAUAUUAGAGUGACUGCUUGGCUGUUCAAUACCGGUAAUAAAUGAUUUUUGUCGACUUAAACCUGUGUUAACAUGAAUGAUGUCUGUAAAUCUGGUGCAGUACAUCAGGUGCACUCACGAAAAUCUUCACUUGUUGCACAGAAUAUGGUCACGCAUUGUCUGAUCAGUUUUGUGUCUUCUUUUUUUAUUUCUGUUGACUGUGGGUAUAUAAUAUUUUUGGAUGACCUUGUUUGUUAUUUGCAAUACAGGGCCUUGCUAGUGUCAAUGUCAUCACAUUUGACUAUUUAAAAAAAAUACCAGAAAUUUAUACACAUUUGUGUGGCAUUAGUUGACCAUAUAAGAGCUUUAUCAGAGCUCAAGUCAUCCAAUCACCAAGCCAUCUUAAUGAGCUACUAAGGUUCUAACUCAAACUGAACUGAAUGUUUGAGAUUACCAGUAUAUGAAUAGAUCUCAAUAAAGAGUUUCGUUUUAUUAUGUGAUUUAAUUUCAAU